AUGAGUAACGCGAGCGCGCAACCGGGGAGCGCGACCGGGACCUCCACCCCGUUCGCCACCGUGAACGUCAGUCCCUUCUUAUGGAAGACGUGGAACUUGGUGACGGACGAACAGUCGAACGAUGUCAUAGCGUGGAACGAGAACGGACGGACGUUUACGGUUUGGAAGCCGGAUGUGUUGGAAUCCGAGUACUUGCCGAAGACGUUCAAGCACUCAAACUUCGCGUCAUUCGUGCGACAGCUGAACAACUACGGGUUUCGAAAGUGUCACAGCGAUCGCUACGAGUUCGGCGUCGAGGGUUUCGAGCGCGGGAGACCGGAGCUGUUGACGACUUUGAAGAGGCACGACGCGCCGAGGUCGAAAAGAGGCGGCGCGUCUUCGUCGACUGCGAAAAAGGCGGGUGAGGGCUCCGGCGCCGGACGCGGCGGUGCCUCCAAAGGUCCUUCGUCGCUCGCACUCAAGGGUGAUUCCUUGGAGCUGGGACACUACGGCGGUCUGGCGAAUGAGCUGGAGUUUCUCAAGCGCGACCGCGCGUUGUUGGUGCAAGAGGUGAUGCGUCUGCGAGACGCGCAGUUACUACAGAGGGAAGAGGUGUCGAGGCUCCAGGCUCGGCUGGAGCACACGGAGAAUUUUCAAACUCAAAUGCGACAGUUCGUCCAGGCGGUGCACGACGGGGAGAACAUCUCGAGCGCGCUUCGCGAGAGCGGCUUGGCCGGGGCGAACGCCGCGCUCAGCGGCUCUCGCAAGCGCCGCGGCGCCCCGAGGUAUCUCCCGGCGCUCGAGACGGGGACCUCGGGGCAGACCCCGAGCUCGAACGACGCGGAGGAGCAUCCGCUCGGCUCGCUCGGCUCGCUCGGCUCGCCCAUCGGCGCGCUUUCUCUCGAGGAGAUUGCGGACGACGAUUUCGGCAUCCCGUCGACGACGCCCGGGGGAACGACGCUCACCCUACCGUGGAGCGACUUCCUUCCCGACGAUGACGCGCCGACGAAUGAGAGCCUUCGAUCGAUGGUGGAGCAGAUGGCGCGCGGUGAAGACGGCAAGUUCUCCGCCGACGCGCUCGAGGCGGGCGACGACACAUUUUCUGCGCUCGCUCGCAUGAACUCCGAGCAACUCAAUCGUCAGCUCAGUCUCUCGUUCCUUGACUCGGACGAGAUGAACGACAUGGUCCGCGAGCUUAGAAUUGAGGACGACGAAGCGAAAAAAUCCACCAAGAAUGGCGCGUCGAAGAGGCAGGUGCGCACGUAG